AUGGGCGAGCAUAAUCUCCUGAAUCCCGGGUUUGUGGGGCCGCUGGUGAACAUCCACACGGGAGACACGUUCUACUUCCCCAACUUCCGCGCGUCCGGGGCGCAGCUGCCAGGACUGCCUUCGCUGUCCUACCCGCGCCGCGACAACGUGUGCUCGCUGCCCUGGCCGUCGGCGGAGCCCUGCAAUGGCUACCCGCAGCCCUAUCUCGGCAGCCCGGUGUCGCUCAACCCGCCCUUUGGCCGCACGUGCGAGCUGGCGCGAGUGGAGGACAGCAAGGGUUACUACCGCGAGCCCUGCGCGGAGGGCGGCGGCGGGGGCCUGAAGCGUGAGGAGCGCGGGCGCGAGCCGGGCCCGGGAGUCGGGCCGGGGGCAGCGUUGCUGCCCCUGGAGCCGUCGGGGCCGCCCGCGCUCGGUUUCAAGUACGACUACGCGGCCGGCGGCGGCGGUGGCGACGGUGGCGCGGGACCCCCGCACGACCCGCCCUCGUGCCAGUCACUGGAAUCCGACUCCAGUUCGUCCCUGAUCAACGAGGGCAACAAGGGCGCCGGCGCGGGCGACCCGGGCAGCUUGGUAUCUCCUUUAAACCCCGGCGGCGGGCUCUCGGCCAGCGGCGCGCCCUGGUACCCGAUCCACAGCCGCUCCCGGAAGAAGCGCAAGCCCUAUUCGAAGUUGCAGCUGGCGGAGCUGGAGGGGGAAUUUCUGGUGAACGAGUUCAUCACACGGCAGCGCCGGAGGGAACUCUCAGACCGCUUGAAUCUUAGUGACCAGCAGGUCAAGAUCUGGUUUCAAAACCGGAGAAUGAAAAAGAAAAGACUUCUGUUGAGGGAGCAAGCUCUUUCCUUCUUUUAGGGGGCAAGACACGGGCACCGGCCCCGGACUGAGCCUGUCUCUGACAGAGAGCAAAAGGGGGCGCUGCCUGGGACACAGUCCCCGCUUAGAACGCCAGGCAUCUCUGGCAGGCACUCCUUGGACAUCCUCUUGUCUGUUUUGUUUGUGGUUCCCUCCCACACACCCCUCAGCAGGCCCUGCCAGGUCCCAGAGAGAAGGGAAGAACCCAACCAGGGAGAGAGGAGCUGCAGGCUGGAAAUAGGGACAGGGAAGGCUGAGGUGCUGGGGAGGAGCUGGUUUGCAGUGGAACUGGGGCAUUUGGCCUCCGUGUGAGAUUCUGGAGGAAAGGUAAUCUGCCCCCCACCCCCCACCCCAUCUCCUUCCAUGGUCUUAAGUCAGCCUGCGGUAGGCAAAAGUGGAGACAGUGGAACCGAGUCUCCCCAAAGUCCCAGUAGCUGGGGUUAGGAGAGGGCGAGAGGAGGCAGCAAGAGUGGAGGGUCGGUGGAGAGAUUGGAAGGGGUUAGGGUAGCUCUGGGAGGGUAGGAGGAAGUGCGGGAACCUAAGAGGAAGUGCAGUUUGGGAGAACAGAGUGAUCAGUAAUGCUCAAGUCCACUGGGGUCUGGUCCUCUAGGCCUGGAAAUGGAACAGGCAGAGGGUGCAGACACGUUUGGCAGACCUGGCUGCGGACAGGGAGAUCAUCAGCCUUGUGUCCCCUCUGGGGCAGCCUGCUGGAAAAGUCUCCCGGUUCCUUCUCCCCAUGGCCCUGCCCUCCCAUUCGCUCACAGGUGUGCAGCCAUCCACUCUUCCUGCCGCCUAGGCGGCUGCGGACCGGAAGCCGCAAGCACCGGAUUGUGAGCUGAGCGGAUGCAGCCUCAGGGUUAGUAACCACCCCAGGGACCCUCACCUGGCCCACCAGGAUGCCCAAGAGGCUGUGAAAGAGGCUUGUGAACCUAGCAUUGAUUGGCCGGGAGAGUU